AUGGGUAUGGAUGCCGAGCUCAAUUCAAUGGAAAUGGAAAAUGAUUUCGAUGCCGAGUUUACACUAGCUGAGGUUAUGGAAAUGGAGAGCCUAUACAGGAGGAAAAUGGGUGGAAAACCCCUUAAAUCAGAGUUCUUUCAAGAACUAUCUGACAAGUUCAAUAAUUCAGUUCAUCGAUGUGGGAAACCUUUAAUAGAAUGGGAGCAGGUAGCAUAUUGGUUCCAAGAUCGGGGGAAGAGAGACCUGAAAGCUGAAUUCCUAUCUAUGCAUCGAAAUGUGAAGAAAUCUAAUGUUCCUACAAAUAUGCUCAUAGAUAAAAGUGCAACUGAUUCUGCGCUUACUAUUCGUGAAGAAGUCAAGUUGCAAUUUCCUGAUGCAGGCUUAGAUCUUGCAAUUCAAACUUAUUAUAAGCCCAGAGAUGUUGUCGCUGCAGAGCUGUCUGGCUUGCUUUACGAAGCUAAAUCAGCGAGGGAUCUUGCUUGGUAUGAUGUUGCUUCAUUUCUCAACUACAGAAUUGUGCAUUCUGGAGAGCUUGAAGUUCGUGUACGGUUUGCUGGUUUUGAUAAGGAUCACGAUGAGUGGGUUAAUGUGAAAAGGGGUGUACGUGAGCGUUCAAUUCCUUUGGAGGAUUCCGAAUGUGAGAAGGUCAAGGUUGGAGACCUUGUUUUAUGCUACAGGGAAACUGAAGACCUUGCUGUAUACCGGGAUGCAAGGGUAAUAGAUAUUAAAAGAAAACUACACGAUGAGACCGAAGGUUGCACUUGCAUGUUUGGUGUCCGUUUUGACUUUGAUUUUUUUGAGGACCAAGUUCGGAUAAAGAGACUGUGUGGCAGGCCGUCUUCGUGA